UUUGCCCCAACCUGUGAUGGGAGAGGAGGAAUCCAUUCCUGUCACUAAGAUCCAGGGAUCUGGAUCUAGAUCCAGUAAUCCAUUUGAGGAUGAGAAACCUCUCUUCCAUAGCAACCAGAGACCACCUGGACCCUCCGUACCCUUCGCGCUCUCUCAGGAUGGUGUGAGGGUCCCAUACACCAUAAAUAGGUAUCUGCGAGAUUAUCAGCGAGAAGGUAUCAAAUUUUUAUAUCACAGUUAUGCCAAAGGCAGAGGUUGCAUCCUGGGUGAUGACAUGGGCCUUGGAAAGACCAUUCAGGUCAUCAGCUUCUUAGCGGCAGUACUGCAUAAAUCUGGGACCUGGAAAGAUGUUGAGAGAAACGUACCUCAUUUCCUUCUGUCUCAGAGGUCAUCCGAAAAGUCCAAAGUCAAGGAGAUAUUCCUCAUUGUGGCCCCACUGUCAGUGCUCUACAAUUGGAAGGAUGAGCUGGACACAUGGGGACAUUUCCGAUGUGUGAUAGUGCACGGUGUGAGGAGGGAUGAGGAACUGGCUCGCUUGAAGAGAGGGCGAUGUGAGAUAGCUUUGACCACGUAUGAGACCCUCAGACUCUGUUUAGACCAGUUCAACAGUAUUGACUGGGCUGCUGUUAUUGUGGAUGAAGCACACAAACUAAAAAACUGCAAAUCCCAGAUCACUCAGGCAAUGAAAGAGAUGAAAUGCAAAGUACGCAUGGGACUCACUGGAACUAUUUUACAAAACAAUCUUGAGGAGUUGUGGUGUGUCAUGGACUGGGCCAUUCCUGGAUGUCUUGGUUCAUUGGCUGGGUUUAAGAACAGGUAUGCCGACCCCAUCGAGCAGGGACAGAAACACAGUGCGACUAAGAGGACACUGGCGGUAGCAAGGAAAGCUGUCGAAAUGUUGGCAAAAAAGCUGUCACGCUUUUUCCUAAGGAGAACCAAAGCACUGAUUAGUCACCAGCUGCCCAAGAAAGAUGACAGGGUAGUGUACUGCUCUCUAACAGACUUCCAGCGGGCAGUAUACCAAGCUGUGCUUGACAGUAAUGAUGUGACGAUGCUGCUUCACAGCUCAGACAAAUGUACCUGCCGCAGUGGGCGCGCAAGGAGGAAGUGUUGCUUCAAGACAAAUGCAGAUGGUGUACUGGUGAGACACCUGUAUUUCAGUUAUCUUGCCAUAUUAAGGAAGGUCGCCAAUCAUGUUGCUUUGUUACAGUCUAAAGAAGGAACCAGUAAAAAGCAGGAGAAGAUUGUGGAGGACAUUUGUAAGAGUGUGUUCCAGAAGUUUCCAGAGUUCACAGAGAGAUGUAAACAGGCAGCGUUUGAAGCAAUGUCAGACCCUGUGUACAGUGGAAAAAUGAAGGUGCUGCAGCGGCUACUGAAUCAUUUUGUCAAGAGGAAAGACAAAGUGCUGCUUUUCUCUCUGUCCACUAAGCUGUUGGAUAUUCUGGAGAGUUACUGUAUGGCUGAGGGACUUGACUAUCGCAGACUGGAUGGAAACACUAAAUCCAAAGAUCGAGUGAAAAUCGUCAAAGAAUUCAACGGUUCUCAGGACAUCAAUCUGUGCCUGGUAUCUACCAUGGCUGGUGGUCUGGGACUAAACUUUGUUGGAGCAAAUAUUGUCGUGCUGUUCGACCCAACGUGGAAUCCAGCCAAUGAUCUGCAAGCGAUUGACAGGGUGUAUCGUAUUGGUCAGUGCAGAGAUGUCACUGUAUUUCGACUCAUUUCUCUGGGAACAGUGGAGGAAGUCAUCUACCUGCGGCAGAUUUAUAAGCAGCAACUCCAGUCCACUGUAAUAGGAAAAGAGAACGCUCGGCGCUAUUUCGAGGCCGUGCAAGGAGCGGGAGAUCAAGCAGGGGAACUUUUUGGGAUCCGCAACCUCUUUCGCCUGCAGACAGAGGGCACCUGUCUCACCCAUCGAAUUCUAGAGCGGGAGGGCCAAAUGGAAGCAGGGAUCAUGACUCUUAGAACGCAGGCGGGAGAAGAGAAGAUGCCAGAGCUUGACCCAGAUGACAGCUCAAGACAGGCGUCCACCGAGCAUUCAGGUAGACCGCUAAACGGUAACCAGAGCGCUACGAGGUUCACGAGGGAACUGCUGGACUUCAGUAGCGGCAGUGAGGAUGAGGAGGGCCUUGGCUCCAGGUCCAGGCCUUCAGAACCUGGUCCUGGAGAAGAGGGUGGAACGGGUAGCAACGCCUGUGGUGAAAACAUGAGCCUUUCCACACUGCUGCUCAGACAUGGGACACAGUGGCCACGGGCAGACGAGCGCUCCAGCUCAGAUGAGGCAGAGGAAGGCUCUGACGAUGAGAGCAACGCCGAGAAGAACUUUCCAACAUCUAGAAAAGAAAGGGCUCAAACCGGCUGGGCUAUGUCUAGUGAAUCUGAGGAGGAGCCGGUAGGAAGACCCUGUAAAUCUGAAGCACGUGACAGACCAGGACCCAGAACGGCCCUCCUGGACCACAUGGAAGAAUCAGAGGACAUUGAGGUUCUGACACAAGCUCCUCGUAAACGUGAGACCGGGAAAAAGAAAGAUGACAAGAGUCAGGGAGCCAAACAUCUUACAUUUAGAGCCAGAAAAGAUGAGGAGGAGGAGGAGGACAACAUUGAAAGUUUCACCUCCUCUGAAGAUGAAAUUUCGGUUAAAAGAAUGAAACCCACCGGGGAUGCUCUCCCAGCUCCGAAGUCUAAACCAUCAGCUUGUGACCGGUCUUCUAAUAGAGACAAAUCUGAUGUUAAACAGGUUGGGUUUACAUGUGUAAAGAGUAAAACGAACCCACGGGGGUCUGAUGAACAUCGGUCCAAUCAGCUGCCUAGUAUGGACACCACAGACACUCUACUGGGUGGACUGAAGGAGGUGAGUUACACACACUCCAAUCAGAGGGUCGUGGGCUCCAGCAGGGCAGAGAACCGCAUCAGCCGUGCUGCUCUACGAGAUGUGUUCGAACGGCAAAAGUACUCUCAGAUGCCAGCCAAUCAUCUGCUUGAUUCAUUCGAGACUCAGCCAUUUGGCCAGGAACUCACACAGCAUCAGGAGGGACGUAAGGCUCCAGUUACUCACAAGAUGCUUCAUCAGGAGCAUCCAGCCACCCACACGGUGAACAAAACCCUGCAGACCCCUUCCCACACUGUCAUUAUAGGGGAAACCCCCAGCGCCAUCUGCAGAAAGCAGCUGGAGGAGAUGGCUGUGUUCUUUGGAGCCGCGUCGGUGCAGGACUUUGCCGAGGACCUUUUGAGGAGCACCUCAGAACAAAGACUGGAUCUUCUACAACGGUUCUACAGCCAGAAGAACCCUGAGCUCAGAGACUUCAUCACGCAGACCUUCUCAAAACCUGACCCUGUCACCCCACCAAAAGACCCAAAUUCACCCCAUUCCUCCUCGAGUAGUUCUAGACCGAGAUCUGCCUCAAACCCAAAGCCUAAACCUCAGUCGGAGGACUCCAGCUCUGCUGAGGAAGAUCAGGGAACAGGAUCAGAGAUAAGGAGAACAGAAAGUUCCAGAACUAGAAUUUCACCCUGUCGUCUCACCACAAAUGCAGUAAAUGGGAAAACAAGGACGUUGUCAUCCUCCGCCGAUUCCCAGCGACAUCAACACAAGCCUCCCCAUUAUUCUUAUAUAGGUCAGGAACACCGUCGCCAGAAAAAUCACACGGUCGUCUCUGAGGGUCAGGAGCCUGUUGCCAAACCACCUCUUAUCAGAAAACCCCUCAAGAGCCAAGGCCACUUGGCGCCGUCUCCCUCUACCUCAAGAGCUGAAGACGAGAAAAAGAAAAAAAGAGGAGAAGAGAAAGAAGAGGAGACAGCGUCUCAAACCAGGAGCUCGCUGGUCACUGAUCUGAUAGGGGACACGUCCAUUUUGGACGACCUGUUCAGACCCAAGGGCAAACCUAAAGAGCAAUCCACAGUCGCAGCUACGUCCUUAUCCUUAUCUCAGCCUGCAGAAAAAGCCAAAAACAGGAGCAAGGAUUUCUGGGACAUUUUAAACGAGGGAAAUGAAGAGAGCAUCAGUAAGCUCACAGACCUGUCUGAGGUGGAGAGGAUCUGCAAGAGCACAAGCCUCGCGGCAAAGCCCAAAACCGACGCUAACGUCAACUCCCAACAGUUUUGGAAAAAGAAUGAAAAAUUCAUUUGGAAGAAACUGUGA